CAGGGGUGUGCAUCAUUAACCGUGUGCAUCACGACUGGGGCGACUGCAACACAGCGGCCCAGCUUGCCGUUCGAAUCUCUUUGCGAAAGCCAUUGACAAGCUACGCCCCCGACAACCAACGGCGACAAUUGAACGGGAAAGAAUACACGGCUUGUAUUACUAUUGUUUCUGCACACUUCGCACUCGGUGAAUAGAAAGCCCGUCAACACAAUGGCAGCCGGAACCCAGGUCAUUGCCAACUCUGGCCACGACGACAUGAUUCACGAUGCAGUCCUCGACUACUACGGCCGGAGGUUAGCGACCUGCUCCUCGGACCGCACCAUCAAGAUCUUUGAGAUUGAGGGCGAGACACAACGGUUGACCGAGACGCUGAAAGGGCACGACGGGGCGGUUUGGUGCGUCUCGUGGGCGCAUCCCAAGUACGGCAACAUCCUGGCGAGCGCGGGGUACGACGGCAAGGUGCUGAUCUGGCGGGAGCUGAACGGGGCGUGGCAGCGCAUCUUUGACUUUGCGCUGCACAAGGCGAGCGUCAACGUGGUGUCGUGGUCGCCGCACGAGGCCGGCUGCCUGCUGGCGUGCGCCUCGUCGGACGGCAACGUGAGCGUGCUCGAGUUCCGGGACAACAGCUGGGAGCACAGCAUCUUCCACGCGCACGGCCUCGGCGUCAACUCGGUCUCGUGGGCGCCCGCCACCAGCCCCGGCAGCAUCGUCAGCAGCAAGCCGGGGCCCAAGUCGACGGGCAACCGGCGCUUCGUCACCGGCGGCUCCGACAACGCGCUCAAGAUCUGGGCCUACGACCCCGCCACCAACACGUACAAGCUCGAGCGCGAGCCCCUGACGGGCCACACCGACUGGGUCCGCGACGUCGCCUGGAGCCCGACGGUGCUGCAGAAGAGCUACAUCGCCAGCGCCUCCGAGGACCGCACCGUGCGCAUCUGGACCAGCGACCCGGCCAACCCGCUGCAGUGGAACUGCAAGGUCCUCAACUUUGACGCCGCCGUCUGGCGCGUCAGCUGGUCGCUCAGCGGCAACGUGCUAGCCGCCAGCGGCGGCGACAACAAGGUGACCCUGUGGAAGGAGAACCUCAAGGGCGAGUGGGAAUGCGUCAAGACGAUCGAGGAGUGAUGGCGUAUGCCAACCAAUCUUGUCGCGGGCCGGGGGGGGGGGGGGGAAGAGGCUUGGGCGUUUACGGUUCUUUCUCGGUCGGUAUUAGAGCUAAUGCAGUUUUGUUGCACUCGUCUUGCCGUACUUGACUGUGACGCUUCUUGAUUUUUUUUUUCCCUUCUUCCCUCCAUUGGAGAGGGGUAUCUAACUACUUGGGAGUAGUUGGGAGGAUGGCUCCCGUCGCGCGUGAAUUAGGAAG